GCCAUCGUGAAACGAAUGGGCAUGUUCAGCCUCAGCGACAGCAUGGCAUACAAAAGGAACCGCCGGCCUCGAAUUCGAUUUGCCAUUUCAGUGUCAUUCACGGUAUUUUAUUUCAUCGCGUACCAGGUUCCAUAGUCCCACGAGAAAGAAGGAAAGGAUGUCGCGAGUGUUUCAAAUCACGAAGCCCGUCUUCAAGUAUGAUUAUCAGAUAAUCCCACAGGGCGAGGAGACCCUCUACAAGGUCAAGAACUCGCCGUUCCCCCGGGGUGGCACUCCGGAUCUCGCGCUACUCGACGGCCCCGACAAGACCGCGCCUGUUCUCGUCGUGUGCCACAUGCCAAAGUUCUCACGGCAUUUCAAGAUUGGAUUCGGCGAUCCCGCAGACCCCGAUACUAUUAUCUGGGAAGACUUCAUCAAGCCCAAGAUAGGCGGUUGUGAGCGCAGGAUUUCCGUCUCUUUCGCAAGCGAUGGGACCAUUUGCGAGACGGGCCAAGGCCAGCGCGAAGAGUUCAUUUGGAAACGCACCCACCACGUCGGCGUUGAUGGCAAAAAGCUUCACCACUCGCGGCUGCGAAAUCGAAAGCUCAUUGAUGAACGGGGCGAGGUUGUCGCCAUAUUUACAUUCGACAAAACGGGAUGGCUUCAGAUCAAUGUCGACAGGGGGCGCGACUUCGAUGUCAUGGUCAUGAUGACACUACUGUCGAUCAUAGAGUGGAUGAGGCGGCAGUAGGCGGCAAGCGGACACCCUGGUUCCGCUGCGUAUUUUCGACACCAUUUAUGGAGCGUAUUUGGCUUUCUGUGCUUACCUAUAUAUCCACGUUUGCGCGGCGCAUUGACAUUGAAGCUUUGAAUCCUGGAAUUGUUUUCUUGGUCGUUUCUCUUCGCUAGUGUUGUGUUGAAGCUUCGAGUAUGGGCAAUCAUACCCUACAGAUAGGUACAUAUGUGGCGAUAGCUUCAAC